UUUUUCUUUGUUUUCAGAACCACCCGACCCACCGUGGAACUUAACAGUCGUUAAUGUCACGAGCAGAUCUUUAACUCUUCACUGGUUGAAUGGCUUCAGUGGUAACAGUCAAAUAUUGCGACAUCUCGUGCAGCACAAGGUAAUUACAGAUUUGUGGAUGGACACAACAACACAGCUGAUAGUCCCUGGUCUCGAGAGUACCACUUCUUUACAAAACCUUCAACCAGUGACCACGUAUAAUAUUCGUGUACAAGCCGAAAAUAGUCUGGGACCCAGCGACCCCAGUAACGAGAUAGAAGUAACAACACUGGAAGAAGCACCCUCUGGUGUCCCUACUGAGGUGAACGUUUAUUCCGCUGGCUCUCAGUCUCUCAAGGUUAUGUGGAAGCCAGUAGAUAAAACUCUUCGUAAUGGACAAAUCAAGGGUUAUAACGUGGGUUUCCGUAAGACGAGCUCUGAUGAGCCCUAUCAAAUAAGAGAUAUCGCUACAGUGACGUCAUAUUCUGAGACUGAUGGCUGGCACACGACGUAUCUGACCAACCUAAUCAGACUGACCAACUACAGCGUCGUGGUACAAGCCUACAAUAAAGCAGGGUUCGGGCCCAUGACCAAAGAAGUAACUGCGUCAACAUUGGAAACUGCGCCACCUACAUCUCCUGUUGUCAAAGUUACAGGUGUAACCUCUUCCUCGGCAAAUUUUCAAUGGAAUAGAGAUCCAAAAGACAAAUCAACAGUCACAGAAUAUAUAUUCCACUUUAAGACCACAAAUGGAGAAUGGUUUAAGCGACAUUUACACAGCAGUGCUAACUCACUUACUCUGAACGACCUUCGGUGCGGAACUCAAUACGAAGCCUACUUGACAGCUUCUAACUCGCUAGGAACUGGUGAGCCUAGUCAGACCCUACAUUUUCGAACAAAAGAUAUCGCGCCUGUCCCUCCUCUGAAAGAUGUGUUUCUGGAAGUUCACGGUACUUCAGUAAUCCUCCUAUUGACCACAUGGCAAGAUGGCGGCUGUCCCAUUAGAAACUUCACGGUGUCGUACAAACCAAAAACACAGCACAGAUGGCACAACAUUUCACAUCAGGUUUCUUAUGGCAACAAAAAAUUUAAUAUCCCGUUUCUGAAACCAGGAGAAGUUUACCAACUCCUAGUGACCGCUCGUGGAGAUGGUGGAGUCACUCAGGCCAAUUACGAGUUCCGGACUCAUCGUGUGGCCACUACGUUCGUUGCCACUGCUUCUUCGACGAUUAAGCACAAGGGUCGUGCCUUGCCUUUCCAUAAGAAUCUAAUACUUAUUGUACCUGUUGUUGUGUCUGCAUUUGUCAUUAUCCUAAUCAUCAUCAUCGUAGUAGUCUGCUUACGCAAGCACCCGUCAGAGGGAAGCACAAGAUGUACUUCAGAGAGUGGGCGCCAGAGAGGAAAGCAGUCAGUUGACGAAAAUGUUGUAAUGGGAGACUUGUCGGAAAAGCUUACAGGUGCCACCAAAACGGGAACAGAACGACAGAGCUACUACUCAUCUCCAACUAGAAGACCCAUCCUGAGGUCCCACAUUGGGACCAGAGGAAGAAGACCUGAUAACCAUGAAUACGCAGAACCUUAUGCUUCCGUUCCUCCGCCAAGACGUGUACCAGAUGACGUCAGCAGAGACUAUAUAAAAGAUAGGCCUAACGAAGGGUCCGUUGGUACAAUCAGAAGUACGUUUAGUAGACCAGAAGGGGACCUCUGGAACGAUGGCAGGAGUAAUCAACCUCCAGGACUAUGGGACAGGUAUGAGCCUAGCAGCAAUUCUAGCCAAUCAGAAAACAGUAACGACAGAACAAGCAGCCAAUACAGUGGAGGCAGACGGAUUCAGAUGUAAACGAUUGGCUGGAUUGUAUUUUAUCACUUUUUCUAGUCCUCCACAAUGUGUUAUCUCACUGUUUCUCAAGCUUGUUUUUGUCGAUAAACAAGUUAACCCUAAUCUAUCACAUGUUUCAUAUCAUUUCCUGUUCUUUCCAGUCUGUACCAGGUACGAAAGUUGAUUGUCUGUGUAUCAAACAGCUACUCUAAUAAACAUUUUGUCAAAACA